CCAAAAUGUCUGCACCCUUACCAUCCAUGAACCGGGGUUAUUACAGGACUGUUUACUUUAGAGAUAACGUUAGGUGUAUUUUUCAUCGCGUGACAGUCCACUGACUUAAUGUGGCAAUAGUCUACAUGUUAUUAAUGUGAAUGCAGCAGUAUUCCACAGCUAGCUAGCUAGUUAGCUAACGCCAGCUAACAGUCAUUUAUCCUUCAUGCUGUAAGGAAAAUUACUGGGUAGCUUAAGGGAAACAUGUCGCUGUCUCUGGUGAAACGGUGGUGUGAGACACCACUAAUAAGACGGGUUUUACAGUACAAAGUGUACAGAAGGAAAAUACAAAGCUACAACAUGACCUACACACUGUUAAGACACCGCUGGAUGAAAAGGCUGCCCGUGUUCUCCAGCUGCUUCAGGAUGGUCAGCACACAAACAGACAAGGACACUAUUGACCUGUCAAAGUUCCCUGUGGAGAGAAUCAGAAAUUUUUGCAUCAUUGCUCAUAUUGACCAUGGGAAAAGCACUCUGGCGGACAGGCUGUUGGAAAUGACAGGUGCCAUAGCAAAGACAGAGAAGAACAAGCAGGUGCUGGACAAGCUUCAGGUGGAGCGAGAGAGAGGGAUAACGGUGAAGGCCCAGACAGCUUCACUGUUUUACAGCCACCAGGGACAGCAGUACCUCCUGAACCUCAUCGACACCCCGGGUCACGUCGACUUCAGUUAUGAAGUGUCUCGAUCGAUUUCUGCAUGCCAAGGUGUCCUGUUGAUCGUUGAUGCCAAUCAGGGGAUUCAAGCGCAGACAGUGGCCAACUUCUACCUGGCUUUUGAAGCUCAGCUGGCAAUCAUCCCUGUCAUCAACAAGAUUGAUUUAAAAAAUGCGGAUCCAGAGAGAGUGGAGUCACAGAUUGAAAAGGUGUUCGAUAUUCCACGUGAAGAAUGCAUUAGGAUUUCAGCUAAAAUUGGAACAAAUGUAGAAAAGGUUCUCCAAGCAGUUGUGAACAGAAUCCCACCGCCGGCUGCGAGUACUAAUGACCCCUUUAGAGCCCUAGUGUUUGACUCCAAUUUCGACCACUACAGAGGAGUGGUGGCCAACAUCGCUGUGUUUGGAGGUCGGGUCCGGAAAGGGGACAAGAUCGUGUCGGCACAUCUCGGCAAAACCUACGAUGUCAAUGAGCUGGGGCUUCUCCGGCCAGAUGAGCACCCAACACAGAAACUGUUUGCAGGCCAAGUGGGCUACAUAAUAGCAGGGAUGAAGGAUGUGAGGGAGGCCCAGAUUGGCGACACACUCUACCUCCAGGAGCAGCCGGUGGAAGCUCUGCCAGGCUUUAAACCUGCCAAAGCCAUGGUCUUUGCUGGCAUGUAUCCAAUGGACCAGUCAGAAUACCCAGGCCUUCGAAGCGCCAUUGAGAGGCUGACCCUAAAUGACUCAAGUGUCACAGUGCAGAGAGACAGCAGUUUGGCCCUGGGAGCAGGCUGGAGACUUGGUUUCCUGGGUCUUCUCCACAUGGAGGUGUUCAAUCAGAGGCUGGAGCAGGAAUACAAUGCCUCCGUUAUAGUAACAGCACCCACUGUUCCCUACAAGGCUAUCCUCACCUCACCCAAACUCAUCAAGGAACACGGCAGUGAGGAAAUAACCAUUGUGAACCCCGCUGAGUUCCCAGACAGAUCAGUUGUGUCAGAGUAUUUGGAGCCAAUGGUGCUGGGGACCAUCCUCGCUCCAGACACUUACACCGGCAAGAUCAUGACACUCUGCCUGAAUCGCAGAGGGGUCCAGAAGAACAUGGUGUACAUAGACGACCAGCGUGUGAUGAUGAAGUAUCUCUUCCCUUUAAAUGAGAUCGUUGUGGAUUUCUAUGACCUUCUCAAAUCAAUGUCCUCUGGAUAUGCCAGCUUUGACUAUGAGAACGCAGGCUACGAGGCUGCUGAUUUGAUAAAGAUGAAUUUUCUGCUUAAUGGGCAACCUGUGGAAGAACUCACCACUAUUGUACACAGAGACCGUGCGUACAGCACAGGUAAGGCCAUGUGUGAGCGACUCCAAGACUCCAUACCAAGGCAGAUGUUUGAGAUCGCUGUACAGGCAUCUAUUGGAACUAAGGUCAUUGCACGGGAAACAAUUAAGGCGUACAGAAAGAAUGUUCUUGCUAAAUGUUAUGGAGGGGACAUAACACGGAAGAUGAAGCUACUGAAGAAACAGGCAGAGGGUAAAAAGAAGAUGCGGCGUAUCGGCAGUGUGGAAGUUCCCAAAGACGCCUUCAUUAGUGUUCUGAAGAGGAAAGAGAAAUAGACUGCAAUAAUAUUAGUAUAUUAAUGUAAUUAUCAUAUGCAACAGGUCUUUAUUAUUGAAAAGUCCUGCUUUAUUUUUCUCUGAAUAAAAUGGCCAUUAAUGCUGCAAA